CAGUAGUUUGUUGUAAGUCAGUGACAUGGCAAGAACGAAGCAAACCGCUCGCAAAUCUACCGGCGGCAAAGCUCCCCGAAAACAGCUCGCCACUAAAGCAGCCCGAAAGAGCGCCCCCGCCACCGGUGGGGUGAAGAAGCCUCACCGCUACAGGCCCGGCACUGUAGCUCUGCGAGAGAUUCGUCGCUACCAGAAAUCCACUGAACUGCUUAUCCGAAAGCUGCCUUUCCAGAGGCUGGUGAGAGAGAUCGCUCAGGAUUUCAAGACCGAUCUCCGUUUCCAGAGCUCCGCUGUCAUGGCUCUGCAGGAAGCCAGCGAGGCUUACUUGGUCGGUCUGUUCGAAGACACCAACCUGUGUGCCAUCCACGCUAAGAGAGUGACCAUCAUGCCCAAGGAUAUCCAGUUGGCUCGUCGCAUCCGUGGGGAACGCGCCUAAAUCACAGAACUAUUGAGAGCAAGAUAGGGGGGGAGUUAAAGGCUCUUUUCAGAGCCACAA